UUCGCAGUGACGCACUCGAAUAUUGAAUUCCUGCUCGCUGGCCAUCUACUCAAUACUUCAUCUGGUCUGUUUCUUAAUCUUGUAGAUGGACAAACGCAUCUCAUAAACUAGCAAAGAUAUUCUAGAAUGCCUCCCCCACACUAUGAUUUCCUCAUCAAGCUGCUCUUGAUUGGUGACUCAGGUGUUGGAAAGUCUUGUCUUUUGCUCCGUUUCUGCGACGAUGCGUGGACACCCUCGUUCAUCACCACCAUCGGCAUUGACUUCAAGAUCCGUACAAUCGAGCUAGAUGGAAAGCGUAUUAAGCUUCAAAUUUGGGACACGGCUGGCCAGGAGCGGUUUAGAACUAUAACGACUGCGUACUACCGCGGAGCAAUGGGUAUUCUUCUUGUGUAUGACGUCACGGAUGAACGAUCCUUCAACAGUAUCCGCAAUUGGCAUGCUAACAUUGAACAACACGCAUCAGAGGGUGUCAAUAAGAUACUCAUUGGUAAUAAGUCAGAUUGGACAGACAAGCGAGCUGUAACAGAAGACCAGGGACGUGAACUUGCCAACGAACUUGGCAUGAAGUUUAUGGAGACGUCUGCCAAAGUGAAUGACGGUGUGGAAGAGGCCUUCUUCACCCUUGCAAGGGAUUGCAAGACUCGGCUCAUCGACUCUCAAGCCGACUCAGCUGCCUCACUGGGAGGUGCAUCCCACGCAGAUGGGUCAGUGAAAGUCAAUCAACCUGCGACUUUGGCGUCGACUGGUUGUUGCUCAUGAGCACCUAUGUUGGAUGUGGUGAUAGUAGUACGAUCCGAGAUCCUCUUGUUCAUCUUUUGCAAACUAUUUCACGUUACCUCCGUAUUCCCCCUCCAUGUAAUACUGUUCUACCUCGUUACACGGUGCUGUUGACUGAAUAGCUGCACUAGUAUUUGAUGCUUUGACUUGCUGCGGAGUGCUGAAG